GCUUUCAGGCGCCCGUCCACAGGUAGGUCAAUCAAUGGAACUAGAGGAGGUCCUCGGUGACCUUGCCGACUCUACAACCGAUGAGGAGGAUUUUCUAGCAGCGAGCGACGAGGAGGGAGAUGAGGAAUGGCACGAGCAAGCUUUUGUGGCAUCGAGCGAUGAGGAAUCGCCCGAGGAGUCCUUCACCGACCCAGCCGCCUACGAGGCUCGUCUCUACCGUGAUUUCUGGAACGAUAUGUUUGCCGGCGAAGAACACGGUUCCUACGACACCAUCACGUCUAUCCCUCCCAUGUUUUUCACGGACCGUAAUUGUACCCAUGACGAGUACGUACACGAGCAACCGACUCUACAGGUCUUUUCAGUCAAAGUUACCGAAAUAACUGGGGGUCUAGAGUGGCCGCUCGACGUCUACGGCAUGGUUGUUGCACGGGACGUGGUGGAUCGCAACCGUAACAUCAUAUUUCACAGCGACAGAGACAACUGCCAAACAAUCACCCAGGAGGAUCCAUGUCUAGCACUAACCGGUCCCACACGUGCCAUCGUCUUGUCCGUGCAAGCAGCGUUUGUCGAGGUUGAUCUGAAGGUGAAAGGCACCACAGAAUCUGAGGACAGAGACUUGAGCUUUCUAGCGGUGUCAUACAAAAACGACGGAUCAUCUAGUUCUUACGUAUUUGACCGUGUCGAGACUAGCAGACUUAGCACACUAGAGCUUACAUUCGGACACAUCGUCAACUCUGUGGAGGCCACGAUCAGUAUGCAAGUCGUUCGUGGGAGCUGGCCACAUGGUUUUCGUGGUGUAUUCACGGCAUGUACCACAGACAUACAUGGCUUGGAUGUCUUGCUGUUGUCUUUUGGAGACGGUGGAGUGCCUGUAGAUGAGGAGGGUGAGGUCAAGCUUUCGCGCCGUGUUGUUUCCGUUGAAUUCUCUCGACCAAUGGCAAGACGCAAGAAGGCCAACCGUAAGAAGCCAAAGCUCAAGAUUUCUGGGCAGGCGCUACACAUUGAAGGAGAGAGAGACGUGUUGAAGGAUGAUGCAGUUUUUACAUCCAAGAAAAACGGCCGAAGCAAGCAGAUGCUCAGGAUUGGCUCAUGUGAGAUGGAAGUGACGGUGGCAUGGUCUCUUCUAUCGACCUUCAAAUGCAGCUACGAUUAG